AAGGUGCCUUCAUUCGGCUGGGCAGCGAGCAGGGCUUUGAGAUCCCCCGCGGGGUUCUCCGGAACUGGAGGACAAUGCACGGUGGCCGAGGGGGUUCCCCAGUGGUGUGAACUAUGGGAGACGUUCGGCCCGAAAACCGGAGACUUCCCGGAGCCUCCUUCACCAUUGACUACCUGCUUUUUGACAAGGGGAGGGUGGGCCAUGGAGAUCCAGAAACCAGCAGCCAGCAAGAUCCAGGGGAAAGGAAGGAAGACACCGAGGCUGAACCAUCUCGGGGACUGGAGUCCGGGGACCUCCAGGAUAAACCCAACCAGUCUUACAUCGCCCUCAUCUCUACAGCCAUCCUCUCGUCCCCGGAGAAAAAGCUUCUGCUCUCGGAUAUCUACCAGUGGAUCAUGGACAACUACCCAUACUUCAAAAACAAGGAGAAAAGCUGGCGCAACAGUGUGCGCCACAAUCUCUCUUUGAACGAGUGUUUCGUCAAAGCGGGCCGGAGUGACAACGGGAAGGGGCACUUCUGGGCCAUCCACCCAGCCAACCUGGACGAUUUUGCCAAGGGGGACUACCACCGGCGCAGGGCCCGAAGGCGGAUCCGCAGGAUGGCCAUGAACUGCGGCUACUGCCACCCCUACCCCUUUUACGGACUCAGCUGCUGUCCCCCAGGCCGCUACUGCCUUUGCUGCCUGCCCUUUGGCCCCCCGGGCCUGGCUGCCGGCCCACCGACCCCUGGGCUUCCGGGCUUCCCUCCUCUCUUCCUCCCCUCGGCCGCAGUGGCCGCCUGGCCUCGCUCUUUCCUCUCUGGAGGCGGGGUGGCGAAGACGCCGGCUGAAAAACGGCACGGAUGGGCAGCUGUCUGGAGCCGGUCCUACCCGCCGAUCGCCACGGCAUUGACACACGCCAACCUCUGA